AUGAUACCGCAAGAUUCGCUUGGACAGCUUGUCUGCGGAGGCUUUCAAGGCACCACUGUUACCUCCCAGGCGUAUCAACUCAUCGUCAAGUACAAAGUUUCAACAAUGAUACUUCUGAGGAAGAAUGCCCAGCUGGUGGAGCAAAUGUCCAAGCUCAUUAGAGACUUGCAAUACAUCGCCUACAAGCACGCAGGAUACAAGUAUCCUUUGCUUUUCGCUGUGGAUAUGGAGGGUGGUAUGCUCAAUUCGUUGUUCGAUUCGCAAAACUUAACCCAAUUCCCGGGUGCCAUGGCUUUAGCAGCCACCGGAGACCCCCAGUUGGCCUAUGAGGUUUCAAAAGCUUUGGCUGAAGAGCUUCGUUACAUUGGAUUCUCCAUCAUACUCGGCCCGGUUCUUGAUGUCAUCACAAAGCUUUCUCAUCAACUCGUACUGGUUCGAUCAUUUGGUACGACGAUUGAUGAGGUUACCAAAUAUGGCAAGGCUUGUGCCAAGGGACUCAAAGAUGGCGGCCUUAUCACGGUUGGCAAACACUUUCCAGGUAUUGGUAAUGCCUCUGUCGACUCUUUAUUGGAAGUACCGAUGAUGGCAGACUCGCUUGAACAAAUCAGACGCUUCAACUCUGUGCCAUUUGCAGAACUUAUACACGAGGGCUUAAUAGACGGAAUCUCCGCUGCUGGCUGUGGAGUUCCUACCAUUUCUCCGGACGAAACACACGCUUGUCUUCUGCCUGUUCUCAUAAACCAAUUAUUAAGACAAGAAAUCGGCUUCGAGGGCUUCGUGAUAAGUGAAUGUUUGGAAAUGGAUGCUUUAUACCAUUCAAUUGGUUUGGGACAGGGCGUGAUGUUGGCCAUCUGUGCUGGUUGUGACUUGGUUAUGGUGUGCCAUGACUUUGAACUACAAAUCGAGGCAAUUGAAUCAAUUUCAAUUGCUCUCAACAACGGAACAUUGGAGGAAUAUAUGCUUACGCCAUCUUUGGGCCGGAUUGAAAACAUACAAAAAAGACUUCCGCAAUGGAGCAAGAUUUUCCCGGACGAUAAUCCAAUUGACACUAACCUAUACAGACUUGCACACCCAGAUGCCUGGAAACAACACAAAGCAUUGUCUGAGUAUGCCUACAGACGUUCGAUCACACUUAUCAGGGAUUAUGAGGGCGUCCUACCGUUGACACAGUAUCUCGGCGACAAAGGGGAGAAAAACAAUAUCUUGAUCCUUACGCCCUUGUUGAACCCAAUAUAUCCGCAGCUGGAGGAGCCCUCUAGAAAGAACUUGUAUCCUGGUGAAGCUGUGUUUCUGAAGUUUGGCGAAUAUCUCUCAGAAUUUUCUAACUCAGAAAACUUUAAUGUGCUUCAUACGACAUAUACAGCAAAUGGGCUCACUGCGCUACACGAGUCACUCAUUGAACAUUCCAAGGCCGUGAUUGUCUUCACAUCCGAAGCUUCCAGGAAUAUAAAAUGGCUUGUGGAUGACUUUGAUUGCCAUAGAGAUUGGCGUGGUCUUCUAAAACUUUUCAAAGCCAACCAGCCGAACUUCAGUGAGUCAACCUUCAGAUUACUUGUAUCUUUCCUUCAUUCAACAUCUGCCACUCAGCGUCAUUUCGUCAUCAGAAACUCCAGUUUGAACAUUCUUUACGGUGUCGUGAUUACGUGGGUUCAAGACCUAGGGUCCAAAGACUAUCGAGAUGAGGAGAAAACAGGAAGCAUAGUGUACUUGUUGGUCGACAAGAGUAAGCGUUUGCAACUGAUAGGUAAGAAUCUCCAUUUGCGUGCUAUGCGUUACCUACUAAAGGAGCAAGGUUGCCUGUUGGUCAAUUUGGGCUGCCUGUUUCCGAUGCCAGUUUUCUUUGAGGAAGGAUUCGAAGAAAGAAACCUGUCGUUCCUCAACAACGUUGGGUGGGACAUUAACGAACAAUCCAAGCUGUGGCCCGCUCAUGUCAUGGUGCUCAACGAGCUUUCCUCGUGGUCGGUACCUCAAAAGAUAUUCCGUGAGUUGAUGAUAGUGGGUGUACGAUUCGACAUUUGUCUGCAGAUGGAGAAACUUCAAGAAUUGGUUCUGCGAGCGACAGAAAGCGAUACGCAAGAGAAAGCUCUGCCCGCAUCCACAUCAACUGCCAAUUCGCCGGAUCUGAAUCCGACAGUGACAGAUGUCAGGACACACAAUCGAUGGUUGAGAGAACUCUAUCGCGAGGCAAUGCAUUGCAAUGACACCAACUCUGCGUUUGAAGCGAAGAUCAUCAUUGCCCUUGAGCCAAGCAACCAGAAUGUUAUUGGUAGUAUUGUUCUUUUUACAAACAGAAGCAAUCUUGCAAAAUACUAUCCUUUCAUCGAGGAGGCGUGUCUUGGUACUGGGAGUUACAAAAAAGAGGCUUUAGUGGGAGGAAUUGUCGGGCCGGUAAUUGAUCCGAGCUACUCUAACCUCACGGAGAUCUUCAAAUUUGGUCUUAUUUGUUCCGCGGUGACGUAUUUGAAAUCGAAUUACUGCGAUGCCAAUUCUGUUACAAGUAUGAACUCAUGCAUGAUGGUCGAAGUCAUGGAGGGUAAAUCUUUCACAGGAAUCAAGGCAAUAGGCUUUGAGCCGUGGCAACAGUACCACCAGUACUAUGAUAGACAACGGGAAGAUGAGGUUAUUCUAGGCGAUUCAAAUUAA